AUGGCUACCAUAACAAAAACAAUUAUUAUUGAAUAAUAAAAAAAUAAUAAAAUAUCAAUUUAUUCUGUUUUAUACAUAUUAUAUCAGAAAAUCACGAAGGAAAUGAUUAGACAAUAUCAAUAAGAAAAAAAACAUAACCUCCGUAGUGUUUUAAAAUUAGUGUUUUUUUUAAUUACAACAUGGAUUUAUUUGACGAAGCUCAACGAUAUAAACAAGAAAAGGAGGAAUUUGUAUCAAACCAUGGUGGUAGUACUAGUAGAGAAGUGAUAAUGGUAAUUCUUCCAAGUAGUUUAUCAAUCCUAGUCACAGCUACAAUCACAGGACUGAUUGGAUCAAAGUUGAAGCACAACCGUAAUCUUUUUCCAAUAAUCGAAUUUAUAUUCAACAUUAUACCUUCAAUUCUCUGUUGUACAAUUUUAUCAGAUCAUAUUUUAGUUGUAUGUGCAACAAUGAUGACAAUAUCUUUGAUAAAUUUUUACAUAAUUGCACAUAACCCAUCUAACUUUAAACAUAAACAUCAUCAAACAUCAAGAAUACCUUUUGUAACGAAUUUUCGAGCUUUAACCAACAUUCUCACUGCUAUUUGUAUUUUAGCAGUGGAUUUUCGUAUUUUCCCACGUAAAUUUGCCAAAACUGAAGUGUAUGGAUACAGUUUGAUGGACACAGGUGUUGGAUUAUUUAUCAUAGCAAAUGCUCUAGUUGCUCCGGAGACUCGAGAGUUUGAUUUUUCAAAGAAAAUCUCACAUUUUCGUAAAUUCACCAUCAACGCUAGGAAUUCUGUCAAAAGUACAGCACCACUGUUGCUUUUAGGUAUUGGUCGGAUGUGGGCAAUUGAAUAUUCCAAUUAUCAAAAACAUAUUACAGAGUAUGGUGUUCAUUGGAAUUUUUUUAUCACAUUAGCAUUUGUUAAGAUAUUCAUCAGCACUGUUACCAGUGCUAUUAGCUCAAAAUACUCAUUACUGUCUGGAAUUUGGAUAAUUGCAAUGCAUGAAUAUGCUCUGAGUACAAAAGGAUUAAAAGAAUGGGUCCUAGGUAAUGCACCAAGAAGUGACUUUGUAUCAGCAAAUCGUGAAGGAUUAGUUUCUGUACCAGGCUAUGUUGGAUUAUACUUAAUUGGCAUUGCUGUUGGUCGAUUGAUAUACGCUAAUUACCAUCCAACUGAUGGCAAAAUAAAAAAUCCUAACCGAAGAAUUGGCAUUGAAGCUAAAGUCUAUGGCAAAAAGUUGGCUAUUGAGUACAAUAAAUCAAUGAUUCUUUGUAUUAAACUUUCAGUGAUAGCACCAAUCGCUUGCGGUGCUACUUUACUUUGUGAUCGGUAUUUCGGAGUAUCUAGAAGAUUAGCUAAUUCUGGGUAUUGUGCAUGGAUUAUUACCUUAAGUACUGCAGUAUUAACUCUUCUGCUUCUUGUUGAGAUAAUGAUUGAUAUCCUGAUCCAAAUGACGACUGAAGACAAUAGUGAUCGUUCAAAAUUGCUGAGAACAAAUGUUAAUGGUGAUAAAAGUAAGAAAGAAAAGAAUCGUCAAGUGAAAUUUAAAGAAAAAGAAACUACCAAAGAUGAAAGUGAUGAUGGAGUUAUAAAGAAAACUCCAGAAUUGUUUGAAGCUGUUAAUUUUAAUGGAUUGAUUUUCUUCCUAGUCGCCAAUUUACUUACUGGUAUUGUUAAUAUGAGAAUUAAAACUCUGUAUGUAUCAUCAGUGUAUGCUACUUGUUUAUUGAUAUCUUAUUCUGCCAUUUGUAUUUUUAUUGUUUUUAUUCUUUAUCGGUUUAACAAAAAGAUUAAACUGUAAAAUAAAAUAUUACAAUAUAAAAGACUGGAUUCAUUAAUAUUCCACAAUAAAAAAUAUUAAUUAUAUUAUUAAUGAUUUUCUUCAGAGCUUUAUUCGAUAAACUGUAUAUAAAAAAUA